AUGAACAACACUGGUCGAGCACUGCACGUUGAGGCUGAUGAUGUGUAUAUAACAAAUAGUGUGUUCACUAGAAAUGAUGGAGGUGCAGUUUACAUUCAAUCAAACAACUCUCUGAUGAUCAACAACACAGAGUUAAACUAUAACAGUGCUGAGAGUGGAGGAGCAGUAGAAGUGGUAUCUAGUACUGUAGUGAUCACUCGGUGUAACUUCACAAAUAACAAAGCUUCUCAGAAUGGUGGAGCGAUUAGUGUUGGCUCAGGCAGUGUGUCCAUCUCCAACAGUAAGCUGACACACAAUAGUGCUGACUAUUAUGGUGGAGCGAUUAAUGUUGACUCAGGCAGUGUGUCCAUCUCCAACAGUGAGCUGACAAACAACAGAGGUGAUGACACUGGUGGAGCGAUUAGUGUUUACUCAGGCAGUGUGUCCAUCUCCAACAGUGAGCUGACACACAACAGAGCUAAUAGAGUUGGUGGAGCGAUUGUUGUUGACUCAGGCAGUGUGUCCAUCUCCAACAGUGAGCUGACAAACAACAGUGCUAACGAUGGUGGAGCGAUUGUUGUUGGCUCAGGCAGUGUGUCCAUCUCCAACAGUGAGCUGACAAACAACAGAGCUGAUGACACUGGUGGAGCGAUUAGUAUUUACUCAGGCCGUGUGUCCAUCAACAACACUGACAUUACUAAUAACAUGGCCAGUUUGAACAUUUUGCAAUCAAAUGUAACAUUCACUGGAAUGAAUAUUGUCAGUAACAAUGGUUAUCCCAUUUAUGCUUUCAAUAGUUGA